AUUGUUAUGGUUCUUUUUUGAACUUUUGGAAAGUUUUAGCCACCAUCAUCUCCAGCGUAGGACUGGGACCACUUUUAUGAUUCUUUAUUUGGUGCUUUUUUUUAGCAUUUGACAGCUGUAGUCCCCAUCCACUUUCAUUGUACGUUGUAGAGAAAUAUGUUGUUCUACAGAAGACAGAAAAUCAAACGUGUUUUGAACGACACGAUGGACGUGGAUUUACUGUAACGUCACAUCUCGCCGGUGGGGUGUUUAUUUUUAAACGGAUUUAUUCGGUGGAGCCGGACGGUCUCUCAGCGGGAGAUUCGAGCAGAACAGCUUUAACGGAGCUGCAGGAGAAGACUGUUUCCUUCAUGUGUCAUUAACUGAUCGUUGAGUCACAGUAUGUCUCUGAAGAACACGUUUCAGGUGGUGAACAUCCCCUGGAGGAACAAUAACUUAAGUGUGAUGAGGGACCCGCCUCUGUCCGAUCAGGGAGACACCAUCAUCGGGAUUUACCUGCUGCUGCUCGGUUGGUUGUCGUGGUUUGGCAACAGCAUCGUGAUCUUCGUCCUGUUUAAACAGAGGUCUUCUCUCCAGCCCACUGAUUAUCUGACGCUGAAUCUCGCCGUAUCUGACGCCAGCAUCUCUGUAUUCGGAUAUUCCAGAGGAAUCUUCGAGAUCUUCAAUGUGUUCAAGGAUAACGGAUACCUCAUCACAUCAGUGUGGACGUGCCAGAUUGAUGGUUUCUUUACGCUGGUUUUUGGUCUCGGCAGCAUCAACACACUGACUGUCAUCAGCAUCACCAGAUACAUCAAAGGAUGUCACCCAAAUAAAGCACACUGUAUUAGCAACACCACGGUGAUGAUAUGUGUUAUUUUCAUCUGGAUCGGAGCGAUAUUCUGGUCCAGCGCACCCAUCCUCGGCUGGGGCAGUUACACAGACCGAGGAUACGGCACCUGUGAGAUUGACUGGGUGAAAGCCAAUUAUUCCACCAUCCACAAGUCCUACAUCAUCUCCAUCCUGAUCUUCUGCUUCUUCAUACCAGUGAUGAUCAUGUUGUUCUCAUAUAUAUCGAUUAUAAACACGGUGAAACGAAGUAAUGCCAUGUCUGCAGAGGGCAACCUCACAGACAGACAGAGAAAAAUUGAGAGGGAAGUCACAAUUGUUUCUAUUGUGAUCUGCACGGCUUUCAUUCUCGCCUGGUCACCGUAUGCUGUGGUGUCCAUGUGGUCCGCGUGGGGUUUCCACGUGCCGAAUCUCACCAGCAUCUUCACGCGACUCUUCGCCAAAUCCGCGAGCUUCUACAACCCGCUCAUUUAUUUUGGCCUCAGCUCCAAGUUCCGCAAAGAUGUGAGCAUCCUGUUGCCCUGCGGCAGUGACGGCAAAGACACCGUCAAACUGAAACGCUUCAAAAAGAUCAAGGGGAAGGGAGACGCAGCGUCGGCUGGUGCCCCAUGGAAACGCCUCAGAGCGGACGGCGAGGAAAACCACGGGCUCCGGUUACAAAAGAAUAAGAAAAAGUACCAGCCGGGACAGGAGCCGCCAAACCCCGCCCCUAACCCAGAUUCAGGGGUGGGCAGUCAUCAUGAAACUCCGCCCCCUGUCAACAAAGAGGUGUUUUUCAUUGACGAGUCCGAAUGCAUCAGACUGUAGAUUAUGAGUGACAUACGGAUGUUCCAGUUUUUUCUUUACAAAAUGUCAUGCAAUGAUUAGCAGCUUAAAAAGCCAUUUUUGUAAAUGAUGGAUGUAAAUGUGAACUAUUGUAUGCUUUUUAAACAAACGGUGUACAUCAAUAUUAAUAAGGACACUUUUGUGUUGAUAUGCAGUUGACUUAAUAGCUGUCUAGUAAUGCAGAAACGAGAUCAUAAGAGAUUCAGCAGUCCUGAAAAAUUGCUGAUAACUUGCAGAAAAUUAAAGAAGGUAUUGAGUAUUAUUAAGGGCAGCAUCUUUUUGUGUUUGCAUAUAUUCCCGUAAAUAACAGGUUAAAUCAAGCAAAGAAAUAACCAGUCUCUCAGUUUCCCAGUAUCAGUCACGGACGACACUGGAGUGAAAAACAGCCACGAAAAAACAGAGUACGCUCACAAACAGAAAUACGUGACUUUGCAAACCUUAAAUAAAGCACUAACGCACAAGAAAACACAAAUCAAUUAAGAAUGAGCAUGGAAAAAUAUGUUAUGGGGUUUAAUAUAGUAAUAAGAUAUUUAGAAAACAUUCCAAGAGCCAUUUUCAUUCCAUGAUGAAGUGAUUUAUUAUGUAUGACGAUAUUGUAUUUUUGGCGUCAGGAACAGGAUGCAUUCGCCACAGUCACUGCUCUCCAUUACAUCAAAUUGCAGAAUGACGACCUUUCAGUCACCUUGACUCAUUCAUUUAAUACUUUAGGGUGGAGAGACACACACAGAAUAUUUCACCUGAUAAUAACAACACUCAGGAAAUAUUUUACGCCGUUUUAUAUUCCUUUAAUGGAAACAUACAGAACCAGUAAUGAUGAAAACAGGAAAUCUUUCUCUUUUCAUUCAUGAUAAACUAUUAAAUAUUCCCUGCACAAAUAUAAUCAUUUAUCAAUGUGUCCUUCAGUCAGUUUGAUAAAGCAGUCACACUUUAUAUUAGGUGUCUUUAACUACUAUGUACUAACAUUAAAUACAAGACUCUGUAUUUACUGUGUAACUACAUGUUGUUCUGCAAAACAUUUUCUGCUACUGAGGUUGAGGUAUGGGUAGGUUUAGGAGUAAGGGUAAGGGAUGGGUUAGGGGUAAAGUUAACAGUGUAACUACAAAUGUAAUUAAAUGCAACAUGUAUGUACAUAAUAAGUACACUGUAUCAAAUGGUUAAAUAUAUAGUAGUUAAAGACACCUAAUAUAAAGUGGGUCUGCUACAGCUUCUGAAUCUCUUAGUUUGAGUCCAUUUUUAGUGGAAUUGUAUCGGAUCCGUCACACGGAGGAAACGGCCACAAUACUCAUCGCAAUAUAAGCACAGCAUUUCUAUCCAAUCUACACUACGCAAGAAACAAAUAAAGAGGGCUCGGAGACUUAAAUUAGGUUACGUCGGCUAAAUAUAAAAUGAGUCCAAAGUAGUAUAUAUAUAUAUAUAUAUAUAUUUUUUUUUUAUAUAUAUAUAUUUUAUAUAUAUAUAUAUAUAUACACACACAUACUCAAUAGAGUCCAAGUGGAGGACUGUCAGUGGAAAAAUCAACAUGUAGUUUGCAACAGUAUGUUAGAAGUAUGAACUAAUUAACUAUUUAAAAAGACUUUUGUUGCACUUUUUUGUUGUUUAUUCAUUACACAAUGAAUAAACGAAUGUCACACCUCCCUACAUACACUGUGCCUACUCUAGACCUUAUUCAUGCCAGUGCCAUCUUUGAUUUUUAAUGAGAAUGACAACGAGGCUAAGGUCUAUGGACUUCUGAUUUCAGGUCUGGAGAUAUUUCAUGUAUAUUAUAAUAAAAAUACACUUUCCAACGGUGGUCCAACAAAAUAGUUUGAUUUCGCUGUACUAUUAGUCUGCAACCAAAUGUAUGUAUUGAAUGUAUGGUAAACAAAUGGCAGCAAACUUUCAUUUUGAAAGGGAAAUCAAUGAGUUUAUGGUGAAAGGAAGAGUCGUGUCAUUAUCAAAGUCAAAGUCAAUGGGUGGAAGUCCAGACCCCCUUUGAAAAUAUCUGGGCUACAGCUAUUUAUCCUCUUGAGACCCGGCGUCCACAUGCGUGGACAUUAAGUUUUGGCUUCGCUAUAGGCUAUGCAUAAUUUAAUUUCCUUUAAACCGACUGAUCUCAGUUCAGGAGACUCUGUGCUGUCAGUAAAGGGUUAAACUUUCCAUGCACGAAGUCAUGUGACAAAACAACAUGGCGGCAAUCGCAGAGGAGUUUGUGUUUGGUUGAAACGCCAACAAAACUACAUCUGGUCAGAAACCUAAUUAAGUUUUUACAUUGAAACCUGUUUGAGUAGAAAGAUUAGAGUCUCUAGUUUCAUCCGAUAUGCCAUUUAUAAAAUUUCACAGAUUUAUCACGAAACGGCCACUGUUAAACACAAUGACCACGUACAUGGACUACAGGCUCAUUUCCCUUAAAAUAUCCUUUAUUUACUGUGCAUUAUCAGAGGCUUUAUAUGGAGUUAGGAUGAAAAUAAGGUGCAUUUCUAACUGUUCUGAGACCAGUGCAGACAGACAGCACACUGGAGGUUAAGUCAUUCACUAAAUAGGGAGCAAGGGAGCAUCCUAUAACUCUCUAUGCAGUUAAGUGCAUUCACUCCUAAAAUCUGAUCAAAAGUUCAGUUUCAGGCUGCAGAUGAUGUUUGGAUCACUCAACAUGUUUGACAGACAUGAGACAAUGAUAAUCAGUACAUAGAUUCAGAAUUUAUAAUGUGUAAUUUUAUUUUAACAUGGUUGGCAGUGAUUGGAUGAUGCUGGACAUUACUUUGAAUCUGAAUUAAUUAUGCUAAUUUCUGAUGUUAUGUCUGUAACGUCUCAAAAACAUGAAUAAUCAACACUUCUGGAAACAUCAUAAACUAUUUGAUGAAAAAUAUCUGACUUUCUAUAGCUUGAUAUUAAUAAAAAUUUCACAACAUAGUCCCGCUGACCACAUAUGAGGACAUACAUUUUUAGGAAAACUGUUUGGUCUAUUUAGCAUGUUUCUUUGGGGCUACUAGUUACUAAUGAAAAAGGGCAAUGGAAAAUGCACACAGCAGACACGCUCGGGUCUCAGAAGGUUAAAAAGUAGUGGAUAUUUAAGAGACAUUUGUUUGUAAAUUGGACUACACUAGUCAUGUGUUUGAGGCUGGGAAUUGAGGGGGGCCUAGGGGAGGUCCCGGACUCCCUGUAAAAGUUAAGGGACCCCUCAAAGGCCAAAAAAAAAAAAAAAAAAAAAAAAACUUAACUUGGGGGCUCCCUGGUGUUUCAACAAACCUGGGAUAUGAGAAACAGAAAACUGGAAUUAUUUUUAAAUGAUUGUGGUGACAACGCAACAUUGCCCAUGAUCUGUACCAGUUUUCAUAAUGAAAAUGUACUUUUCUUUUCGUCUGAAAAUACGAAAAACUCACAAGUGCACCUCGUUUUCUGAAGGAAUUUACAGACAGUGACUGAGUGACUGGUUGAGCGAUGUUUUGGCGUUAUUUCACAGUACGCGCCCUUAUGAAAAUGGAGAGUUCAUGGCAAAUUUGCCGCUGAUAAUUUUCACUUGCAAAUGAGCUUUGUGGCAAACUUAAAUUGUCCAUUGUUGCCAAAGGCUUCACCACUACCGGCGAAGAGCUGCAAACGUCUGGCAAACGUUUGCGGCGAAUCAAAAGCUCAUUUGCAUGUGAAAAUAACGAGCGGCAAAUUUGCGGCUAGUUUAGAUUUUUUGUAAGAGUGCUUUUCAUGUCACCACAUUCAAUUUAGACUGCAAGCUCACAACUUAGGUAAAAUAUGAUUUCUUUAGAUGUUGUGUUUGCUGUUAAAAAUCUCUUAAAAAGACAACUGUGUAACAAUGCAGCAACUCUAUUAAAAACAGCAACUUCUGCCAUU